CGGCGCUUCGUCUCCAGCAUUUCCCCCACUCGUGACAUCGUAGCAAAGAUCUGAGACGACCUCAAAGUCCGAGAUGAAGGACAAAAACUGGACCUGAAAGAGGAGGAGAGGAAGGGAAGAGGAGAGAGACGCCAGACAUGAUCCAGUCCAAUCGCUCCAUCCUCUCUAUGUUCUGCUGCUGCCGCUCAGCUCAGAAGAGGGAAUUCCGCUCCCGUGGACGCUACCAGGUGGAGCGGUCCAGGAGGAAACUCCCCCUGCCUCCUCCUGAGGGCGAGGGCGGCGUAGGAGAGGGAUUAGUGAGCGUCGUCGCCAUGUACGACUUCGUCGCCAAGGAGGUCACCGACCUCACGCUCAAACAGGGGGAAGAGUACGUCAUUCUUCACAAGCAGGACCAGCUGUGGUGGCGAGCGCAGGACAAUCACGGGAAUGAAGGCUUCAUCCCCAGCAACUAUGUGACGGAGAAAAACAGAAUCGAGGCAAAUCCGUGGUACUGUAAGAACGUCACCAGGACAGAAGCGGAGCGGCUGCUGAGACAGGAGGACAAAGAGGGGGGUUUCAUCGUGCGGGAGUCCAGUCAGAAGGGAGUCUACACUGUCUCUGUUUACACCAAGACAUCAAGUCCGACCGGGGAUAUUCGACAUUACCAGAUUAAAAAAAAUGACGAUGGGAAAUUCUUCUUGGCUGAGAAAUUCACCUUCAGCUCCAUCCCUGACGUUAUACACUAUCACGAACACAACGCAGGAGGUCUGGUGACUCGACUGCGUUACGCUGUAGGACCGAUGGGGAGGUGUGUUCCUGCCACCGCAGGAUUCAGCUCAGAGAAGUGGGAGAUCAAUCCUAGCGAGCUGACCUUCAUGAAGGAGGUGGGCUGUGGUCAGUUUGGAGUGGUGAGGCUCGGCAAGUGGCGGGCCCAGCAAAGAGUGGCCAUCAAGACCAUCAGGGAGGGAGCCAUGUACGAGGAGGACUUCAUCGAGGAGGCCAAGGUCAUGAUGAGGAUGUGCCACCCAAAGCUGGUUCAGCUGUACGGCGUAUGUUUGCAGCGGCGCCCCCUGCUGAUUGUGGCCGAGUUCAUGGAGAACGGCUGCCUGCUGAACGUCCUGCGUCAGAGGGGAAGGACUCUGAAGGAGGCCUGGCUUCUGUCGAUGUGCCAGGACGUCUGCGAGGGGAUGGAGUACCUGGAGGCAAACUCUUUCAUCCACAGAGACCUGGCAGCCAGGAACUGUCUGGUUAAUGAGCACAACGUGGUGAAGGUCAGCGACUUCGGAAUGACCAGAUACGUCCUGGACAACCAGUACACCAGCUCCAGUGGAGCUAAGUUCCCAGUGAAGUGGUCUCCUCCGGAAGUUCUCCACUACAGCAAAUACACCAGCAAGGCCGACGUCUGGUCCUUCGGUGUGCUGAUGUGGGAGAUCUUCUCCGAGGGCCGGACUCCGUUUGAAAACCGCUCCAACCUGGAGGUGGUGAACGACAUCACCGGUGGGAUCCGGCUGUACCGGCCGCACCGCGCAUCGCAGCAGCUGUACGCCAUCAUGUACCGCUGCUGGCACGAGACGGCUCAGGGACGGCCGCCGUUCUCCGAGCUGCUGGAGGAAAUCAGAAAAGUAGCAGAAAAUCCAGACUGACACAAAAUAUCUGUCUUUCUGUUAACAUGAAUUUAUGUUAUAUAGUUUAUUCCUGUAAAUAAAUGUGUUUUUUUUAAUUAAAAUGUUAAACGUACUGUUAACACAGUAAAAUAGUGUAGCUGAAAAAUACAAGUAUGACUGUGAAUUUAAAACUGUUUGCUUUGCACCUAAAGUUGAUUUUGCACACAUGGAGCUCCUGUUCAUAAACAUUUAUGUAAAGUACGGUAGAAACUGUUUUUUUAUGCAUCAAAUAAAGUCUGUAAAUAUACAGGACUGUCUCAGAAAAUUAGAAUAUUGUGACAAAGUUCUUUAUUUUCUGUAAUGCAAUUAAAAAAACUAAAAUGUCAUACAUUCUGGAUUCAUUACAAAUCA